AUGAAUCCUCCAAGCUUCACAGGUUUAAGUGUUACGGAGGAUUUAGAAAAUUUUGUUGAAGAAAAUAAAAAUGUUUUCGAAAUCAUUCAUGUUGUUGAUGAUGAGAGGGUGGAACUAGUUGCAUACCAGAUGAAGGGUGUCUAUAGGAUAUGGUUCGACCAAUGGAAGAAGAACCGAGUUGAGGGAGCACCACCUGCGAGUUGGGCUUUGUUUGAGGAAGCCUUCUUGGGGAAUUUCUUUCCCCGUGAACUAAGAGAAGAAAAGGUUCGAGAGUUCCUCACUCUUAAGAAGGAUUCUUUGAGCGUUCAUGAGUAUAGUCUGAGGUUCACAAAACUUUCUCGGUAUGCUCCGGAGAUAGUUGCUGACAUCAGGAGCAGAAUGAGUUUGUUUGUUGCUGAGUUGUCUUGUCUAUCGAGUAAGGAAGAUAAGGCUGCAAUGCUAAUAGAAAUCGGGAAGAAAAAUUCGUCAGAUUCACCUGGGGAGGGUCCGGCGCGGCGCGCCCCAUCUGCACCAGAAAUGCUGGGGCAGCGCGCUAAAAACGAGCCCCAGUAA